CUUGAUGCAUGCCUUGGUGUUUGGAAAUGUGACAGCAAUCAUACAGAGGAUGUACUCUAGAUGGUCCCUCUAUCACACAAGAACCACAGAACUGAAGGACUUCAUCCGUGUUCAUCACCUGCCCCAGCAGCUCAAGCAGAGGAUGCUGGAAUAUUUCCAAACCACCUGGUCAGUCAACAAUGGAAUUGAUUCAAAUGAGCUUUUGAAAGACUUUCCUGAUGAGCUGCGUUCUGACAUCACCAUGCACUUGAACAAGGAGAUCUUGCAGCUGUCCCUCUUUGAGUGCGCCAGCAGGGGCUGCCUCAGGUCUCUGUCUCUACACAUCAAAACCUCUUUCUGUGCUCCGGGGGAAUAUCUGUUGCGUCAAGGGGAUGCUUUACAAGCCAUCUACUUCGUAUGCUCUGGCUCCAUGGAAGUUCUUAAAGACAGCAUGGUAUUGGCUAUUCUUGGUAAAGGAGAUUUAAUUGGUGCAAACUUGUCAAUUAAGGACCAAGUGAUCAAGACCAAUGCAGAUGUGAAGGCUUUAACCUACUGUGAUCUCCAGUGCAUCAUCCUCAAAGGACUCUUUGAAGUUCUAGACCUUUACCCAGAAUAUGCUCACAAAUUCGUGGAAGACAUUCAACAUGACCUCACAUACAACCUGCGAGAAGGUCAUGAGAGUGAUGUUAUAUCAAGAUUAUCGAACAAAUCUACAGUCUCACAGUCAGAGUCCAAGGGAAAUGGCAGCAUCAAGAAGAGACUCCCAUCCAUUGUGGAAGAUGAGGAAGAGGAGGAGGAGGGGGAGGAAGAAGAGACUGCCUCCCUCUCCCCCAUCUACACAAGGGGACCCUUCUCUUCACGUAACAAGAAGACUGGAAGCAGUAAAAGUUAUCUGGGUUUAAGCUUGAAGCAACUGGCCUCAGGAACAGUGCCAUUUCACUCACCUAUCAGAGUUACUAGUUCAAACUCCCCCAAAACCAAACAGGAAACUGAACCCCCUAACCAUGGUAAAAGAAAAGAAAAGAACUUGAAAUUGCAACUUUCAACUUCGAAUAAUGCUGGACCCCCAAACCUCAGUCCCAGAAUUGUUGAUGGAAUUGAAGAUGGAAACAGCAGUGAAGAAAGCCAGACAUUUGACUUUGUCUCUGAACGAAUCAGGCCAGAGCCCAGAAUUUCCCCUCCUCUAGGAGACCCAGAGAUUGGAGCUGCUGUUCUCUUCAUCAAAGCAGAGGAGACCAAACAGCAGAUUAACAAACUCAACAGUGAGGUAACCACGUUGACUCAGGAGGUCUCCCAGUUAGGUAAAGACAUGAGAAAUGUGAUACAACUUCUGGAAAAUGUUCUGUCAGCCCAGCAGCCAUCAAGGCUUUGCUCUCUGCACACAGCCUCAGUAUGUCCCCCCAGGGAGAGCUUACAGACCAGGAUGACCUGGAGUACUCACCAACCUUGCCUACACUUGCAAGCAGGUGGAGCUGCUUAUACUCAAGCACAACUUUGUCAUGGAAACAUCACUUCAGACAUUUGGAAUGUGGAUCCUUCCUCUGUGGAGAUCAGCCCACAGAGAACUGGAGCUUGUGAGCAAAAUCCAAUAGACAGUGAACUUUAUCAUUCUCCAGACCUUGAUUAUUCACCUUCCCACUACCAGGUUGUCCAAGAAGGUCAUUUACAACUUUUAAGGUGCAUCUCUCCACAUUCAGACACCACUCUGACACCUCUGCAGUCCAUCUCAGCGACACUCUCAUCCUCUGUGUGCUCCUCCUCAGAAACAUCUUUGCAUCUGAUCCUCCCAAGCAGAUCAGAAGAGAGUAGCUUCAGCCACACAGCAGUCAGUUCCUUCAGUCUGGAAAAUUUGCCGGGAUCUUGGGACAAGGAAGGAAUGGCCUCCAUUGCUACUAAACCCUUGGAAAAUUUUCCACUAGAAGUUGCCACAAGCACAGCGGAUGUGAAAGAUAGCAAAGCCAUAAAUGUAUGAUAUCAGCACAUGUGACACGCAGCUGCCAAUUUCAACCCAACUUACUGCAUGACAGCUUUCAUUAGCCUUUUUUUGCCUUUGGCAGGCACAAGGACUGGAUAAAUAGGUAAUUCUGCAAAAUGGAGUGUGAGGAACCAGGGAAGGGCAGAACCACUGCAGCAAACAAUUUCUAGAUCCUAGAAGCAUAAUAGAAACAUUUUUUUUUUCCUGUACAGGUAUUAACUUACUGGUCUGUUUGACAGACUUUAAUAAACUUCCAAAGACCCUGAGGGUCUGAGCAGCUAGAAGUCCCAGACAAAGAAUUUGUGGAUUAGUCUUGUCCUAGGUGGCUUUUGUGAACCACAGUGAAGGUUUUUUUCCUGAGUGCCUGUUUGUCAUUCUUGAACAAUAUCCAUAGCACUCUUGGCCUCGGGUGUGCACAUCUCCUGCUGAUCUAUUUUCUUUUUGUGAAGGCAAAGGGACAAUUAUCACUGCAUGUCAUCUCCUAGACAAUCAGUCAAAUAGAGCUGGUGGCCAGUGGUUAGCUAUUGCACGUCAUUUGCCAUGUAAAUGAAAAUGUCUUUAUUUAUCCACAAAAAGGCUAUUUUUAUAUCCUUGGUAUGAAAUAUGUAUUUAAACUAUUUAAAAUAUUUAUAAAGAAAUGAAUGUUUUCUUUUCAUUUUGGUAAAAAAAAAAAAAAAAGCUUGCUGUUUUAACAAGAAAUGCUCUACUGUUAUGUAUAGUAGAUUUAAAAAAUAUUUAUUAUUAAGAUGAUGUAGUUUCAAAAGGAAUCUCCCUUUUAUCUGCAUGCAGUUUGCAACAAAUGUAUCCUCACCUUUCAGGAUUACAUAAGGAAUGUGAGGUUGUAUUUUAUUAAUGAAAUAAAAACAUGGACUGAGUGUCAACUACCUGAGCAUUGGAAUGGUGGUCAGAGGACUCCAACAAGGUUCUGCUGGCUCACGUCAACAGCCUGAAUCAAGGCUGCCCCACUGUGCCAGCAUUAAAUGUCUCUCAUCCCUGUAUCACAUUUUGUUAUCAAGGAACCCAAAAUUUACCUAUGGACAAUGAGAUCAUAAUUAUUUUGAGCCAUGUUGGACUCAAAUGAAGUAGAAAAAUCUUAGGUGUCUCCUUUCCUAUGCUAUUCUUAUAGAAGAGAUUGUAGAACAGUGAGAAUUCCAAAA